UUUGGGGUGUCGGAGUGGUAAGGUUCGAGAACAGCGUGUGCAAGGGGAUCGAUGGAGCCGUCGGCACGUGUUACACACGAAGACAAUGCAGAGACAUCGGAGGUGUACCAUCCGGAUUGUGCGCUGCGCACAUCGGCUACUGCUGCGUGGUGCAAAAGAAUUGCGGUGAGGUGUCCUCCGAUAACAACACAUACUUCGUCAACCACAACUUCCCAAACACCGUGACUGGACCAUCUGCAUGCGCCUACACGAUACAAAGAUGCAGUCCCGACAUAUGCCAAAUUCGCAUCGACUUCCUGAACUUGAAUCUGGCUCAACCGGACGGAAACGGUGUCUGCAAUGUGGACGUUCUGAACAUCGUCGGAGGGGCGACAAACGUGCCGCAAAUCUGCGGCCAAAACAGUGGGCAUCACGUUUACGUAGAUUUCAACGGUCAACAGGAUAUCAGGAUGUUGAUAACGACCGGUGCCGGCUCCACGGAAAUGCGAACCUGGCGUUUCAAGGUCGCACAAAUCGGAUGCGAUUCACCAUCCAGAGCUCCAUCCGGUUGUCUACAAUACUACACGGAUGCCGCAGGAACGGUGAGCAGCUUCAAUUACGGAACGACCAUCAGCAGCGGCCUGACUACAAACGCUAAACCUGGAACGAGGCAAUUGGCCAACACGAAUUACGGCAUCUGCGUGGCUCCUAAACCAGGAUUUUGUUCCAUAACAUGGAGCCAAGGAUCCGAUCCGUACGCUUUUAGCGUUUCAGAGGAAACAAUCAUGCAGCCCGGAGUUUUAGGAACAUCCAAUACCGGGGACAUGAAAUGUAAAACAGAUUUCGUUAUAAUACCAAAUUCGAUGAUGUUGGGCUCGAACAUGAGCAGUGUGGAUCGAUACUGCGGAAAUGCUUUACCCACUGUUACAACAUCAUCCAAGCCGUUUGUGCUUACCACCGUGACGGAUGCAGACGAGAUGAACGACAAUGGAAACAGAGGUUUCUCCAUCGAGUACUCGCAAUCACGAUGCACAAGCACAUUUUUAAUGUUUUAA